UUGGCCAUGGGGAACAGCCUGAAUUCCCUCUGUUCCCCCUGCAGGGCAAGGAGGGCUCGGUCCCAGCAGCAGCAGGGGGGCUCCAGCCAUGGAGCAGAGCCAGGAGGGUGCCUGAGGCUGCUGGAAGGAGCAGCAGGGAGUGCAGGACAUGGAGCCCCCCAACAGCAGCGUGGCCGGGCAGGCAGACUCGUGCUUCGGGGUGUUCAAUGCCAGCGACGGCCGUGCCAGUGCACAGAACAGCAUCGCCUCGCCCUGGUUCUCCACCGCCUUCGGCCUCAUCGGCCUCUGCUCCAACCUCUUUGCCCUCUGCGUCCUGGUCAGCUCCUCCCGCAAGCUCUCCAGCCAGGCCCGCUCCUCCUUCCUCAUCUUCCUCUGCGGGCUGGUGGUCACGGACUUCAUGGGGCUGCUGGUGACGGCCUCGGUCAUCAUCCCCUACCACUUCACCAAGUUCUCCUGGGCCAAGGUGGACCCCAGCUGCCACCUCUGCAACUUCCUCGGCUUCUCCAUGGUCUUCUUCGGGCAGUGCCCGCUGCUGCUGGGGGCCACCAUGGCCGGGGAGAGGUUCUUGGGCAUCAACCGCCCCUUCUCUCGCUCCACCAGCCUCUCCAAGCGCCGCGCCUGGGCCAUCGUGGGGCUGGUGUGGGGCUUCUCCUGCUUGCUGGGACUGCUGCCGGUGCUGGGGCUGGGGCGCUACACGCUGCAGUUCCCCGGCUCCUGGUGCUUCCUCACCCUCCUGCCUGACACCGGCGACGUCAUCUUCUGCCUGCUCUUUGCACUGCUGGGCAUCCUCUCCGUGCUGCUCUCCUUCGUCCUCAACACCGUCAGCGUGGUCACGCUCUGUCGCGUCUACCACGACCGCGAGUCGGUGCAGCGGCGCCGUGACAGCGAGGUGGAGAUGAUGGUGCAGCUCGUGGGCAUCAUGAUUAUCGCCACCAUCUGCUGGAUGCCCCUCCUGAUCUUCAUCGUGCAGACGGCCCUGCAGCACCUGCCUGGCAACGCGCGGGUGCUGCCCAGGGACACGCAGGAGAUGCUGCUGAUCUACAUCCGCAUGGUCACCUGGAACCAGAUCCUGGACCCCUGGGUGUACAUCCUGUUCCGCCGGGCCGUGCUGCAGCGCGUCUACCCCCGGCUGCAGCCGCGGCCGUCCCUGGGAGGGUACGUGGGGGGAACCCACCCUGCUGACAAUCAGCAACAGCCUUUCUCCUCCAGUCUCUCCUUUAAUGAGCCACGGCUGCUGCCCACCACAUUUGGGGGCGUGCAAGGGGGAUCCUCAGGAAGAUGGGUGGGUUGGGUGCCUUCUGUCCCCCAGCCCAAGGGACAGAUCUAG